GCUAUUUAUUUACUUUUAUUAAACCCAGGUUACAUUCUUGUUAUUUUUUCAACCCAAUUUUUUUGGUUAAAUUAUAACCUCAGUUUGAAGUUGGUUUUAAAAUAACCAAAUUUCUUCAAAAGUUUCGGAAAAGUAUUUAAAUAACUCGUUUUUGACACAAAGUCAUAAAUAAGUUUUUAAAUAACUUCUAGUUUUGUGUUUUAAGGGUUAAAAAAUAACCAAAUUUUGGCUCCAAGUUUGAAGUAAGUAUUUUAAUAACUUUUUUUUUCGCACAAAAAGUUUUUUUUUAAGUUAGAAUUUAACCAAAUCUGAUCCCAAAGUUUUAAGUAAGUAUUUUAAUAACUCUUUUUUUACCCAAAAAGUUAUUUAUAGGUUAUAAAUUAACCAAAUUUUAUCUAUAGUUUGAAACGAGUUUUUAAAUUACUCACUUUAAGAUGGAAGUUGUUUAUUGGUUUAAAAUUAACCCAUUAUAGAACCUAAGUUUAAGGUGAGUUUCUAAUUAACUUCUUUAUUUUUGUCUUUUAUGGGCUAAAAAAUAACCAAAUUUUCAUUACAAGUUUCAAGUAAGUAUUUAAAUAACUCCUUUUUUACACAAAAAGCUAUUUAUAGACUAGAAAUUAACCAAAUUUGACCUUAAGUUUGAAACGAGAUUUUAAAUUACUGACUUUUUACCAUUAAAGUUGUUUAUUGGUUUAAAAUUAACCCAUUAUAAAUCUUAAGUUCAAGGUGAGUUUCUAAUUAACUUCUUUAUUUUUGUCUUUUAUGGGCUAAAAAAUAACCAAAUUUUCAUUACAAGUUUCAAGUAAGUAUUUAAAUAACUCCUUUUUUACGCAAAAAGCUAUUUAUAGACUAGAAAUUAACCAAAUUUGACCUUAAGUUUGAAACGAGAUUUUAAAUUACUGACUUUUUACAAUGAAAGUUGUUUAUUGGUUUAAAAUUAAUCCAUUAUAAAUCCUAAGCUUAAAGUAAGAUUUUAAAUAACUACUAUAAGUACGUAUAAGUUUUUAAUCAACUCGUUAUUUACCUUUUAACAACCCUGGCAAUUUUUCAACUAAGUUCCAACCCAAUUUCAACUAACCAACAACUCUCCACACAUACACAUUCACCAUACUCGAGCGUCGCGCGUCGCCCAUCAUAUUUUUGUCUCUCAUUUUUCUCAGAUCUCUCAGUAUUCUUUUGUGGCUGGUGGUAGCAAGUUAUUGUGCGAGAAAGUUUUUGUGAAAAAAUAUAAAUUAAAUAAAAAAAAAUAUCUGUCUGUGAAAAAUUAUUAAGAGGUAAGUUAUUUGUUUAUAAUUUAUUUUAAAUAUUGUUAUUUGUUUAUAAUUUAUUUUAACCCUUUGCUUCCUAGUGGUUUCAGCAUGAUACCACCUAUUAAUUACUUUGUUAGUUUUUUUUACUACAAAAUGGACUUUUCCUUUUGUACUCUCAGCUCAAAACAUUCCUUAUACAAUGUUAUUACUAGUACAAUCAUUAUUUUUUUCAUUUUAGUGUGUUGUUAGAAAAUAUCAAAACUUUUUUUCAAGAUAUUUGUAUUUUUUUCCGGGAGCGAAGGGUUAAAUAUUAAAUAUUGUUUAAUAAAUAACUUCAGAGUAUAAAAAAUAACUUCUGAGUUUGAAAAAUAUCUUCUGAGUUUGGAAAAUAACUUCUGAGUUUGAAAAAUAUCUUUUGAGUUUGGAAAAUAACUUCUGAGUUUGAAAAAUAUCUUCUGAGUUUAGAAAAUAACUUCUGAGUUUGAAAAAUAUCUUCUGAGUUUAGAAAAUAACUUCUGAGUUUGAAAAAUAUCUUCUGAGUUUAGAAAAUAACUUCUGAGUUUGAAAAAUAUCUUCUGAGUUUGGAAAAUAACUUCUGAGUUUGAAAAAUAACUUGAGAGUAGGCAUACAGAUAACUUAGCGCGUCUUUUCAUUUGUCUUUCUCAUUCCGCGUUAUUAUUCCAAGCUUGACUGUUGAUAAAAUCACUAUAAUAAAAAUGUAUUCUAUCAUUAAAAAUAAAAUUUGUAGUAGAACUACUUUUAAAAGAAAAGUUAAAAAAAUAAUAUUAGAAAUGCGUGAAAAAGAAAGAAUUAAAAAUCUUGAACAAGUUUUUCUUAGCAAGAGGUUAUUUGAAGUGCAGCAACACCUUUCGGAAAAUGAAAUAAGUGCUAAUUGUGAACAAGGUUUUUCUAACACGAAAUUUGAAGAGUUGCAACACCUAUCGAAUAUUAUUUCUGAACAUGAAAGUGACAGUGAAAAUUCUGGAAACAAUUGUGUCGCUGUCUCAACUAAUUUUGAAGCUAUUCCAGAAAAUUUAAAAAAAAAACUUAGUAUUAUGGGCUAUUCAGCAUAACAUAUCGAAUAUUUGCUUGCGUGAUUUGCUUAACAUUUUGCAUAAUUCUCAUCCUUAUUUGCCAUUAGACCCUCGAACAUUAUUACAAACUCGCGUUUCCCUUGAGAAAAUUUUUAUCGAAGUUCCACCUGGUAGAUACUGGCAUUUCGGUUUGGUUCGCGCUCUUACUAAGGUUUUUGAAAGUGUUCAGACAUGUCAAACAGUAAUAUUCUUGGACUUUAAUAUUGAUGGGAUUCCUGUUAGCAAAAGUUCAAAGGGCCAAUUUUGGCCUAUUUUGUGUUCACCAGAUGGUUUUCGUGUGCCGCCGCUAGUAAUAGGUGUUUACUACGGAAUGGCAAAACCUUCAAGUGUUAAUGAAUUUCUGCGAUUAUUUCUUGAGGAGGCUGUUAACAUUGAUGAUUUGAACAUUGGUUCCAAAAAAAUAAGUUUUAAAAUCAGGAAUUUCAUCUGUGACGCCCCCGCUCGUUCUUAUUUAAAAGGAAUCAAAGGGCAUAAUGGUUAUUUUGCUUGUGAAAGAUGUAAUGUAGAAGGGGAUUAUAAUUACAAAUCUCACCAAAUGUGUUUUCCAAACCUAUCAAAAUCACUUCGCACGAAUGAUUCUUUCCGGGCUGGGAUACACGAAGAUCAUCAUACGCAACCAUCUCCAUUAGAAAAACUUCCAAUAGAUAUUAUUAUGAAUUUUCCUCUAGAUUACAUGCACUUGUUGUGCUUAGGUGUCAUGAAAAAAUUGUUGGUUACAUGGAUUAAGAAUAGAACCCUUAAAACAAAAUUCUCGGCAAAAAACAUUGAGAGAAUCUCUAAGACCUUAGUAUCACUACGAAAAUAUGUUCCAUGCGACUUCAAUAGAACACCUCGUGGACUUGAUGUGAUAAGCUUUUGGAAGGCCACUGAAUUUCGUAUGUUUUUGUUGUACUUAGGUCCGGUUGUUUUGCAAAAUGAAACUCAUGAAGAAGUAUAUGCCAAUUUUAUGGAACUACACUGUGCUGUUUCAAUAUGUUUGAGUAAAAAUAAACAAGUUUUUGUUGAUGUCGCACAGAGUCUGUUCAAAUCAUUCAUAUAUAACUUUUCUAGUAUCUAUGGAGCUGAAAACAUAAGUUAUAACGUUCACAAUUUAUAUCAUGUCGUAGAUGAUGUUAAAUACCAUGGACCUUUAGAUAAUAUAAGUGCUUUCAAAUAUGAAAAUCGUUUACAAUAUUUAAAACGUCGAAUAAGAUCUGGAAACAGACCCCUGGAACAAAUUGCAAAUAGGAUUAUCGAAGAUUUUGAGAAUGUAGAUCUAAUUGAUGUAGAUGAAAACAAAACUCCUAUGCUUUAUAUGAAAGAUAGGAAUAAAAUAUGCAAAAUUAAACACUGUGUUGGAAUCUAUAGAGCAAUUCAGCUUCAACAUUUUGUUUUGAAGUCGUCACUUGCAGAUAGUUACUUCUUAACAAACUCAGAAGAAAUUGUUAGAAUGGAGUUUGCAACAUAUCGACAUGGCAUCCCAGUUAUCUAUGGUUCAAGCUUAAAACAAAAACAAAAUUUUUACGAAAAACCGUUCUAUUCUAAAUUUUUAAGCGUUUAUAAAUCAAAUGAAGAAGAAAAUUUGCCUAAUUUUUAUAACAUAGAAAAUAUUUCCUCUAAAUUUUUCAAAAUAACUUUACCAAACACUGAAUCUGUUUUUUUUCCAUUAGUACAUUGUUAAUCAAAAUGUAUUGUGUUGUGGAGACGCUCGAAGAUGAAGGGAAGUUCGUGACGGCAGUUCCCAAAAAUUGGGUCAUCGAUGGAACGAAGCUAUUAUGGCCAAAGUCCAAGAAAGAUUCCAUUUGCGGUCGGAAAAAUUGCAUCACAGCAUCGGAUGAUUGGCAAAGCAUAGCAUGCAAAUUAAUAUUUGAUGACAUCGGUUCCUGGGAGGAAGCAGUUCAGAAGGAAAAGGAUGCCGAGUAUUUGUCUUCUUCUGAAGAAAAUACGGAAGAAGUGACCAUCGACACCAAUUCUUCGGAAUACAUGACAGAUAUGAACAAAUUGAUGUCAACUUUGAUUCCUAAUUCUGGUAAGUUUAAAAUGUAUAAACAUGGGAACAAAGUUACUAAUUUUGUCAUACUUACUUCUCAUUUUCAAGACGUUUCCUCGUUCACCCCCCCAAAUGAAGAUGUUACCAUCACUAAUGUCAUUUCCGACUUAUACACGUUUGAAGGCCCCAGCACCAGUACCCAAUUCAAGGAACUGUCGUCCAAAAUAGACGAAAUUUUGGAAAGACAGCGUUCCACUGAGGUGAAGGUGCAGGCCAUGCAAGGAAUGCUGGAGGCAUUCAUGGCGAAGUCCGAAGUUUCGGUCAAUUUGUUGGCGUCCAAAAUUGCAAAAGAGAAUGCAGAGGAAGUGGAUGAGGAACUGCAACUGGAUGAAAUUUUCCCACUAACCUCUGUCCAACAAAUUGAGGAAAUCGAGGAAAAACUCCAUCAAAAUGCAGCAUUCAAAAAAAAAUUGGUAAGUACCAAAAUAUACGAAAUAUGCAAUUUUCUCACAAUCCGACUUCAAACACAAAAAAAAUAUUUAUAAAACAACGGCAACACCUACAAUAUUUUAAAAUACAUUUUUACAAAGCCAGAAGCUUAUCUUAAAUUUAAAUUCACUAAAUUUAAUUAAGAGUUUUUGAAAAAAUGGUCCUCAAACUCAGAAUUAAAAAAAAAAUUUAUUAAAAAAAUUAAAAAUGACUUUUUUCCAAACUUUUUCUAAUAAAUAUUAUCAGUUGAAUUCCGAAGCAGAAAAGGUAAUAUAUAUCACACUUUUGAAAAAACAAUUAAAAAUAACUUCAAUUUCAAUUGGUUUUUUUUUUUGAUAAAAACUGAAUUUUUGCAUCCAAAUAAUUAAUUUUCUAAAAGACUUUGGUAAAUAAGAACUUUAAAUUUUUGCUAUUUAACUUUCAACAGUAAGGGUUAUUAAAUAAAUAAAAAAUAAUUUUAUGUUUAGAUGUUGAACUUUGAAAAAAAAUAAGAUACAUUUUUUUUCAAAACUUUUAUUAAAAAAAGUUCUUCGAAAAUGAAAUUCUUUUUAAUUUUUUUCAUAAACCGUAAUACAUAUUGACAUUUUCUUUUAUAAUUUCAAAUCAUAAUAAAUGCGGCCAAAAAUAUUUGAAAAUAAAUGCAUUUUAUAUUACGAAAAAGUUUAAAAAACGACAUCUUAAAACAUAUUUUUGUUUUCUUUCAGGUCCGUAAGUUGAGCUCCUAUGGGGGGGCCAACGGAAUGAAAACGAUCCGCACUAUUUGCAAGUGCAUUUUUACGGAUCCACUACUGGCAGAACAUUCUUGGCUGGGGACUAAUGCCAAAAAAAGUUUCAGCCAAUACAAAUUCCUGUAUAAAACUAUAUUGGAAGCGGUCCGAUCAAGGUACCCCACUUAUAGUGAAGCUGAGGGUGCUUCAUUUUUUAAAGGCUUUUUGAAGCAAGCCCCAUUUCGAAUGGGAAAACCGUCCACGUAAGUUAAAAAAUAAAAUUAUAAUCAACAUUUAAGUUAACAUUUUUCUCAUUACAGAAAUACCAGUUCCAACACCAGCUCCUCUGCCUCUGACGGGCAAUCCACAACAUAAUUAAGUUAAGCUAUUUUUUAUUUUUAGUUUUAGUUUUACUUUUACUUUAAGUUUUAGUUUUAGUUUUACUUCAUUAAAUAAUGUUUCACUAAACUUAAAUUUCAGCGUUCUUAUUUCAAAUAUUAAAUUUUCAGCUGGGAAGAAUCUUAUGGUUUGCAGCAUGUUGGUAAGCAAACAUUUUAUAGGUUUUUUAAAAUCUGUAAAUAACCGGUUAUAAAAAAGCUGUGAAGUAACGUUUAUUACAGGUUUUAUAAGAACCUGUACGAAGUUAUUUACAGGUUUUAUAGAAACCUAUAGGUAAGCGGUUAUAAAAAAAACCGUCAAAUAACGUUUGUUAUAGGUUUUAUAAAAACCUGUACAACGUUUAUUACAGGUUUUAAAAAAACUGGAAGAAAACGGUUAUAAAAAAAACCGUUAAAUAACGUUUAUUACAGGUUUUAUAGAAACCUAUAGGUAAGCGGUUAUAAAAAAAACCGUCAAAUAACGUUUGUUAUAGGUUUUAUAAAAACCUGUACAACGUUUAUUACAGGUUUUAAAAAAAACGGGAAGAAAACGGUUAUAAAAAAACCGUCAAAUAACGUUUAUUAGAGGUUUUAUAAAAACCUAUAGGUAAGAGGUUAUAAAAAAAACCGUAAAUUAACGUUUAAUACAGGUUUUAAAAGAACUUGUUAUAUUACAGGUUUCAAAAAAACCUGUAAUAACGUUAAUUACAGGUUUUAUAAUAACCGUAGUAAAACGGUUAUAAAAAAAACCGUCAAACAACUCAGUACAGGUUUUUUUUAAACUGUAUAAUAACGGUUUGUAAACGGUUAUAAAAUAGCCGUAAAUGGUUUAUUUCAAGUUUUUCUUUGACUAAAAAUAAACAGUUAUUUAAUAACCGUGAAAAUUAGGUUUUUAAAAACCCAGUAUUUGUAGAAAAAAGUGGGUUUUUUAAAAACCCGAUUUAGACGAAGUUAAAAAAUAACUGACCAUUUUCGGUUGUGGAGACGUUUCUGGAACGUCUUAAAUACGUUUAUUUAACGAGUUUAGUAACUUAUCCGUUAAAUAACCAGAGUAAAUAUCCGGUUUAUUUUCCGCUUUCUAACCACAAAAUGUUAUUU